AUGCCGAUGGGGGACAUCUUCCGCGCGAGGCGGGAGGCGCAGGAGCAGCGGCGCGAGCGCCUCAAUAGGGUCUUCGGGGACCGUCCGCGCACCGCCAGCGCCAGCGAGCCCGCCGCGGCCGUCGCCGGGACCUCCCCGAGCCCCGGAAAAUCCACGACCGCGCAGAUCUACGCGUUCCGGAGCCCCGGCGGCCUCGCAGCGCCCGUCAGCCCCGCAGCCCGCGCCCACGCCGCCCUCUCGCGCCCCUCCACCGCGGUCCCGCUCAGCCCCGGCGCGCGCCGCGUGGGCUUCCACGCCGCCCGCACCCGCGGCGUCUCCUUCGACUCGACCGGCACCGCGCCCUCCCGCGCGAGUGACACCGGCAACAGCGCCACCACCGACGAGCAGCGGCCCAGCACGGCCAACCCCCUCGCCGCCGCGCUCGCGCGGCACCGCAGGAAGUCCUCCGCGGGCGCCGAGCAGGCCGCCGACGCCCUCUCCGGGCCCCUGGAGACCGCAAAGUCAACCCCGCUGUCUGGCAUCACCAGCGGGGUUGCGCCGCCCGCGGGGGCACCGAAUCCGAUCUUCCGCGCGAGCACGGAGGAGUGGAACGCGCGGCGGCCGCGCACGGCGGCCGCCGCGGUCGUGCGGAGCGUCGCGGCCAGCCAGGCGAGCGCCGCCGACUCGGACGACGGCCCACUGUUUGGCCCCCCCUUGGGAGGGGGUGUCAAGAACGUGCACGAUGCGACCCCGCGGACGCCGGCCGCGGAGCGCGGGAGCGGGAAGGACAGCGACGGCACGGAGCCGGGGUCGCCGCCGCGCGACCAGGCGGACGCGAGCGGCACGGCGGCGCCCGAGGUGGUGGCGUCGACGGGGACGACGUUCACGCUGCAGGGGCCGCGGCGGCGGCGCAAGACGCGGCCCGCGGAGGCGCUGCCGGCGAAGCUGACGCCGGAGGUGCCGGACCCGACCCGGGUGCCAAAUGCGCGCCCCGCGACGGUGCAGGAGAUGCUCGUUCGGUCGCAGGCGCUGGCGCAGGCGGUGACCGGCGCGGUGGAGGGCGGGCGCGCGCGGCGGAAGUCCGCGGUGGUGUACGGGAACACCGCGCUGUCGGAGCGCGAGGCGGCGCUCGCGGACGAGGGGGCGAUGCGGCCGACGUUGCCGGACGGUGCGCGGCGGGCGUCGGCGGCGCUGGGGGCGGCGGGGGUGGUGGUGCCGGGGCUGGACGACGGGCUGCCGAAGGAGGCGCGGAAGGGGCGGCGGAAGACGCUCGCGGGGAUCGGGGACGGGGCGGCGAAGAACGUCAUUGGUAUGCUGCAUGAAAAGAGAUACACGGAUAUCGAGACUGCCGCGCACAGGCGGCGGAUGUCGACGGCGGGCGUGCUCGGCGCGGCGCGGCCCGCGACGUCGGCCGGCGCGCGCACGAGCGGCGACGCGAAGGACAAGCGGCCCGGCACGGCAGGCGCGGAGGCCACGCGCGGGUCCACCACGGGCGUCGAGGUCAAGUUCGGUAACGCCGGCGAGACCUUCAACGUCAAGGGCGCCUACUUCAUGAUGAAGUCGCGCCACCGCGUGUACCUCGCGGACCUCCGCGGCCUCGUGGACUGCUGGAAGGAGGCCACGAUGCGGUUCGGCCUCAGCGGCAACGUCCUCCGAGCCGACCUCGUGAAGCUGGCUACGUCUACGGGACCGAGCUCCUUCGGCAUGACAGAGUACAACCCGAUGCAGGUGAUGGUGCGCAACCUGUGGCAGUACGGCGGCAGCAACCACACCACCGUGGGCCUGCGCGACAUGAUCGAGGCCGCCUACCCCUUCGCGACCAAGGAGGAGACGCUCGAGCUGAUGAACGAGACGCGCGGCGCCUCGAGCGUCCCGCAGGGCAUGUCCCCGCUCGAGCACCAUGCGAUGAAGCAGCUCUUUGGUGUGUUGGACCGUCAGGGCACAGGAUUCCUGACGCCGACGAUAAUCGAGAACUUCGUCCUCGCCGUCAAGGGGCUGGACCAGGUCAACCAGCCGCUGCUGCGCACGCGCCUCGAGACGCUCAACGCGCGAUACGGGCAAGGCGGCCUGCUCGGCAUCGAGGGCCUCAUGGAGUGGUGGCGCGACGUCAACGCGCUGGACGCCAACCCCAUCUCGAUCAACACCAUCCAGGAGCUGAUCAAGCCGGGAUCCUCCGCGAUGCGCACCGUCCUGCAGCGCAUGGACGUGUUCGCGGCGGGCAGCCCCGAGGACCAGGCCGCGCGCCAGGCCGCGCGCGCCAAAGCGAAGAAGUUUGCGCAGCAGCGCCUGGACCGCCGGAUCCGCGAGAUGCAGAACCCGACGUACCUGACGUGA